CUAUUAACUAUCUUCAGUGGUACCCCGCGGUCGCCUCGGUCAAGUCGCGUUGUACGCAUGUAUCUCAAAAACUUCUUAUCGUUUGAUCAAUGAGAUUCUAUGACAAUUUUAGUAAGUUGAAAAUAUGUACGAAUGUGUUAGUUGUAUAGCAAUGUCUGUUUAAAGUUAACACCGUCCACCCAACAAUGAGUAGAUCUGCGGAGCUUUUUAGGAUGUGGAGAGAUGCGUAGCCACACGACACUGAGAUCAAGUCCAAGUGACUCCCAUCCAGGAAAUAGACCGAUCCACAACGCGUGAAUUACUCUUCUAAAAUAUUCACGUCAAUUCAGUUCACUUCAGUUUUUGACUAAAAUCGACACGUAAAAGCCACAGAAAUUUUUUUUAUCGCAUGGGGGCUUUGUAAAGAUCGCGCACAUAAACCGGAGUAAACUUUUUUGAGUUUCAAUCUCACAAAGGAGAAUUUGCUGGAUCGCCGUCUCAUUUCCGCAUUCUGGCCCCCGAGUGUUUGGCGAAGGGCUGGAGAUCACUGUUCUCUGCUAAUUUAACCUACGAAACCAUGACUGGCCGACUAGACACUGAUCUGUACCCUCUGGGAGCCGGUUACGUCACUGAGAUUGACGUUCAUGACAUAUCAGUUGGCACCAAGAGGGGAUCCGACGAGCUGUUUUCUUCCUGCAUAUCCAACGGGCCCUAUAUCAUGAGCUCAGCCAAUGGCAACGACAGCAAAAAGUUCAAAGGGGACACCCGGAGCCCCGGGGUCCCGUCGCGCGUCAUCCACGUGCGCAAGCUGCCCAACGACAUCAACGAGGCCGAGGUCAUCAGCCUGGGCCUGCCCUUCGGCAAGGUCACCAACCUGCUGAUGCUGAAGGGGAAGAACCAGGCCUUCCUGGAGCUGAACAGCGAGGAGUGUGCCCAGACCAUGGUUAGUUACUAUUCAUCAGUGACUCCAGUCAUCAGGAACCACCCUGUCUACAUGCAGUACUCCACACACAAGGAGCUGAAGACCGACAACUCCCCCAACCAAGUGCGGGCCCAGGCGGCGCUGCAGGCGGUCAACGCGGUGCAGAGCGGGGGCAUGGGGGGGAUGCCCAUGCCGGGGGAAGGGGCGGCCAUGGGGGGGAUAGGGGCCAUGGGCUCCCAGAGCCCCGUGCUGAGGGUCAUCGUGGAGAACCUCUUCUACCCCGUCACCCUGGACGUGCUGCAUCAGAUCUUCUCCAAGUUUGGCACCGUUCUGAAGAUCAUCACCUUCACCAAGAACAACCAGUUCCAGGCCCUGGUCCAGUACGCUGAUGGCAUGACUGCACAGCACUCCAAACUGUCUCUGGACGGCCAGAACAUCUACAACGCGUGCUGCACCCUGAGGAUCAGCUUCUCCAAGCUCACCAGCCUCAACGUGCGCUACAACAACGACAAGAGCCGGGACUACACCAGACCAGACCUGCCCACAGGAGACACCCAGCCCUCCAUAGACCACCAGGCCAUGGCUGCCGCCUUCGGUGCUCCAGGUAUUAUCUCAGCCUCUCCCUAUGGAGGAGCCCAUUUCCCUCCAGCCUUCGCCAUCCAGCAGGCAGCAGCAGGUCUGUCCAUGCCUGGGAUGCCCGGAGCCCUGGCCCAGCUGGGCGUCGGCCACGGGGGCGUGGCGGCUGCCGCAGCGGCUGCCAGUCGCCUCGGCCUAUCAGGGCUGGGCGCUGGGGGCCACAGCGUCCUAUUGGUCAGCAACCUGAACCCAGAGGUCAGUAUCGCGACUGCGCCGACGUGACUCGGUCACACAGGACGACAGUGUAGUCCCACACUGUAACCCCCACAGCCUCAUCCACUUCCUGUGUAGAGGCCAGUAUGGCCUCCUGGUCCCCUCCUGUCUCCCCCCCCCCCCCCCCCCCCCUCCCUCUCUCUCUCUCAGCUCUAGGCCGUGUGACGGAGGUAGAGACCGAGCAAAGCCAGAGUCCUCCUCCUGUGUGUCCUCUGUUCAAACUGAGGGCCCCUCUAGACCUGCCCCCCCCCCCCCCCCUCCCUCUCUCUCAGAUCUCCUCGUGUUUGACCGAGCCUGCUGCAUUUUCCUCACUGCCACUUCGUUCACUGUGAAUUUUUACCCAGAAAAAAAAAAAAAAAAAAAACGUUUUUGUUUUAAAUCCAGAAACUAACUUCUUUUUAUCUACCAUUUUCAUAUCUUCAUUUUUGUCCCAUUUUAGUUCAAUCAUUCUUGAGUUGCUGGAGAGACAAUAUUACUUUUCUUAGUCAACUUACUGCUUAGUUUACAGUGUUAUUAUUGUAGUCAUCAUUUACAUAUAUAUAUUUUUUUAUUAAGCUGAAUAUUCUAUUUUAUCAUGUAAAUGUAAUUUAUGGAACUCAUUACACUUGAUGUACGGGAUGAUUUUAAUUGUUUUACGGUGGGGUGGGGAGGUGGGUUUUAAUGAGUUUAAAACUACGAACUAGUUGAAGCAUUCGAGUACAACUUAAGUUAAGGGAAUGUCUAAAUCCAAAGUACAUAUUGUCUCUGCCUUUUCUGUUAUUUCAUUGUUAAUCUUCUCUUUUCUGUUUCUCUUAGCGUUCCCAUAGUGACAGUGCAUUUUAAUUUAGCCAGUUCUACUGUCUGAAGCACUACAUUUCUUUGUGUAUACUGACCUUGUUUUUUUACUUCCUUUUUUCUUUUUCUCUCUCCUUCUCUCCCUCUCUCUCUCUCUCCUCUCUCCCCCCCCUCUCCUCUUUCUCCUGCUCUUCCCCCCUCUCUCUCUUUUUUUGUUUUUAAUCCCCUCACCUGGACUCUUGCCAACUGACUGCACGCCCCAUGACCAAUUGUACUCCUCCCUUCCCUCCAUUCCUUCUCUCUCCAUCCCUCUUUCUACUCCCCCCCCCCCCCCCCCUCCUACCACCCCCACCCAUUGACCCCGAUUGUGGACACGCCCUUCAAAACGACAAUGUCAAAACACGACCAAUCACAACACAUUUGGCCCACCCCACCUCUCUCUCUCUCUCUCUCUCUGUUCUCAUUCAUCCAAUCCUUUUUCUACCUCCUCCUUUUCUCUCUC